AGCCAUUUCUCUGUAAUAAACUCUCUUUUCCAAAAGGUUGGGGACCGCUGCUGUAGAGCCAUGUAAAUAAACACUGUACAAUGCGGCUCUCUCUGUUAGUUAUGAAGCAGCAUCAUACGUUUUUCCAUACAAGAUGAUAAGAGGGGAAAAAAUCAAGAGGUUUCAACAUGAUUGUAAAAGCAAGUAUAUAAACAAUGUCACCUUAAUAAAGAGAAGACAGAAAUGUGUUUUGUACAGUGAUCUGAUGGUUAGUGAAAGAGAUUUGUUCUGUGCUGUUUGUGUUAGCUGUUCGUUUUUUUUAAGCCAUGAGGCUUUUUGUGGACCCUUUAGACUACUUCAGACCCACAGUACAAAGCAGCAAGACCAGCAAAAUGUAAUUGACAGUGCUUAACUCACGUGGUACGUGUGAAGGAUCUCAUCCUUUGGACUUAAUCAGAAAUCCUCACCUAAUCCCGCAGCCAGGUGGUUCAGCAGGGCUCUUCAGUUUGACCUGUCACCAUGAGGUAUUCACAGCAGCCAGGACUGAUGGCUGUGGGUUAGGGGACAGCAGGGAGACAGUGCCUCACCCUUUGUUUUUGCUUUUGGGAGGUUUAUACCAAGAGCCUACCCUGAUGAAGGCCAGUUGGCUCCAGAAGACAGUUAGAUGGAUAGUGCGGUUGAUGUAUUUUCGGCGAAAGUGUCAAAGGAAGGUGACUCUGGUGAUGGUGGGAUUGGAUAAUGCAGGGAAGACUGCCACGGUGCGGGGAAUUCAGGGAGAUAAUCCGCGGGACGUCGCUCCCACAGUGGGCUUUUCCAAAGUCGACCUGAAGCAGGGCAAGUUCGAAGUGACCAUCUUUGACCUGGGGGGCGGGAAAAGAAUCCGGGGAAUCUGGAAAAAUUACUACUCGGAAUCGCACGGUGUGGUGUUUGUGGUUGAUUCCAGCGAUGUCCAGCGGAUCCAGGAGACGCGAGAGACCAUGGCUGAGGUCCUUCAGCACCCACGCAUCGCUGGCAAGCCUGUGCUAGUACUUGCAAACAAACAAGACCAGGAGGGAGCGCUGGCUGAAGCUGACAUCAUUGAGAACCUGUCCUUAGAGAAGCUUGUUAAUGAGAACAAGUGUCUCUGUCAGAUUGAACCAUGCUCAGCUGUUUUAGGCUACGGGAAAAAAGUUGACAAGUCCAUCAAGAAGGGCCUGAACUGGCUGCUCAGCAACAUUGCCAAAGACUAUGAAGCCAUCACCGAGCGAGUGCAGAAGGACACGGCUGAGCAGCGCGCUCUGGAGGAGCAAGACAAGAAAGAGAGGGCAGAGAGAGUACGGCGGAUACGAGAGGAGAGAGAGCGACAGGAGCGGGAGGAGGCAGAGCGAGAGGGAAGGCCCAUCCAAGAAGAUGAGCCCGAUGAUGAGUACAUUCAGAGCCCCUUUCAGCCAAUAGAGAGCAUGAUUUCUGAAAAUGAGGAUAAAGAAAAGGAAAGGAAGAGGCAAAAAGAGCUGCAGGAGGGAAGGGGUAACAGCCCCAGGGCAGCCACUGAUCAAGAGGAAGAGGAGGAGGAGAAGGAGCAGGGCGACAUGAGACAAACACCAGAGAACAACACUCCAGCCACGACAGGUGAGCAGAGCAAGAAGAAGACGAGCAAGCUGCACCUGAAGAGGAAGCACAGGGUGGACCCGCUGAGGAUAGAGGACGGACCAACGGAGAGCCUCACCCCUCCUCCGCCUCCAGUGGGAUGGGCCACGCCCAAAGUCUCUAGGCUGCCGAAGCUAGAGCCACUCGGGGACACGGGACAUUCUGGUAAAGCUGUUUGUGCCGUCAGUGUUAACCGCUGUUUACGUGCAUGCAUUAACCACCCACCAUCUGCAGUUUGUCACUAACUUGGUCUUACUCAUUCACUAACUGCAGCACCUGAUCAGUGUUUCCUCUACACAGUAGUGAUUAAAGCUACAUGGAAAUAGUAGUUUUGCAUGUGUUUUCCUUUUUCUUUUUUUUUCUUUUUAAGGAGGAAGCCUGGUGUUUGUCUCACAGUGUUGGCGGUAGAUUUCUAAGUUGCAGUGGAAACCCUGAACUCUGUCUUGAGACGUGCGCUGACUGUUAAUUAGCAUCUCAACCCCACGUUGUUGUCUUUAUUUUUCUCUCCCUCCUGCAUCUCUCCAGGCAUGUGUUUGCAUGUGUUUGUGUGGAUCUUUCACGGGUGCAGACAUCUAAAAUCAACUCAAAGACUUGUCUGUGUAUUCAUCUGUAUUCAUUUUCCUCCAGUCUGUGCAGCAUCUUUCACGGUUGCUUCCAUUGAGUGCUUACUUUUUUAAAAAGAAAUUUGUAUUUCAGGUCUCCGUGGGCGUUGCGUACUAACACAACCAAACCUUUUCUCCUUCCCUCCACAGAGUUUUACAAGAAACCUCUCCCGCCGGUCGCCAACAGGCCGAGGCCUAACGGCGAUGCUCACGACAUCAUUUCUUAAACCCCCUUUUAGCGAUUGAGGUUGACCAAUCACGACUGUAUUCUCCUUUCCUUUUUGUCUCAAGAGAGCGGCGUGUAGACAACCAAGCAAAUAAAAGCUUGACUGCUGUGGAUGCC